AUGACGGCGGUAACCUCGACCUUUACGCCCCUGGAGGAGAUGCGGUACCCAAACAAGAAGGUGCUCGCCGACGAGUUUGUCGGCCGCAAGCUCUCAGAACUCCGCACACCGGCCUGCAUCAUUGACAGGCGCGCGUUCAAGACUAACUGUGAGGUCAUGGUCGAGCAGACCCAUGACAAGGGCAUGAACUUCCGCGCGCAUAUCAAAACCCACAAGACACCCGAUGGCACUCGCCUCCAGGUUGAAGCCGGUCCUGGAGUCAGCUCACUCGUGACCUCGACGCUGCCGGAAGUAUGGGGUGUUCUCGAGUCUGGCCUCGUUGCCGAUGGCAAAGUCGUCGACAUCCUGUACUCGCUCCCCGUAGGAGAAGGCGUAAUUGAGGACUUGAACGCCGCGCAAGAGAAGGCGGGCAACAAGUGCUCCAUUCGUGUCAUGGUCGACCACCCGCUCCAGAUUGCGGCACUCCAACGCUGGCAUAAACGACUUAACCGCCGCAAACCAUGGAGCGUCUUUGUCAAGGUCGACGGUGGAGGCAAGCGUGCUGGUGCGCCACCUCGUAGCGCUCAAAUGAAGGCUCUGAUUGAGGAGAUUGCCAAGACACCUCAGGUAGAGAUCUUUGGAUUUUACUCUCACUUUGGCCAGUCGUACCAGUCGCGCUCCCUCGACAAGGCAGGAGAGUUCUACGCGGGCGAGAUCGAGUGCGUCAACGACGCCGCGGCCUUUGCGCGCACCCUCGGCGUAUCUGGUGACUGGAUUCUGUCUGUCGGGGCGACACCGACUGCACACGCUGCUGUCCUCGGUGCAGGGGGCAAGGACGCGUCUGGUGCAGCCCUGAAUGGCACUUUGGAGCUGCACGCUGGUUGCUACUGCCUCAACGACCUGCAGCAGCUCGCUACCGGCAUGAUCACCGGACCUCGCAAGAACGCACUCUCCGUCCUUGCCACCGUUGUAAGCAGCUACGCUGACCGCGGCGAGGCGCUGUGCGACUCUGGCGCUUUGGCUAUGAGCAAGGACACAGGACCCUCCCCUGGUUUCGGACACGUCGUGUCCAAGGGACACGAGGGCUGGAUCCUCGGCGGUGUCAGCCAGGAGCACGGCAUCCUGCGUCGAGACCAAGACGCCAAGCAGGUUGCUGAGCUGUCCAUUGGAGACAAGCUCCGUAUUGUCCCCAACCACGCGUGCUUGUGCUGCGCGUGUUUCCCGUGGUUCUAUAUUGUGGAUGGCAACGGCGAUGAAGUUGUCGACGUGUGGGUGCCGUGGAAGGGAUGGUAG